AUGAAUUCAGAAAGGAAUUGGAUGUACGCUAGGCUUAAAGAUGGUUUUCUAAACCCUGAUUUUUUACGAGGUAUCAAUGGCUUCAUUGAGUUUGCAAGAAUGCACCCAGAAUGUAUGGAUGGAAUUAAAAUCAAAUGUCCAUGCAAUCAUCGUAAAUGUCAAAAUCGUGCAUUUUGGGAUGAAAAUACUGUUAGGUAUCAUCUAAUGAAGUAUGGAUUUGUAAGCUACUAUUACCAAUGGAUUCACCAUGGAGAACCUAGUGAGCCAUAUAUCGACAUUCAUGGUGAACAGGGUGUAACCCCUAAGGCUACAAGUGCUGGACCAUCAUCAUAUAAUAUGUAUGAACAAAUGGUCAUAGAUGCUGCAGGGCUUGAUUUCUCACCUACUUAUAUGGAUGAGCCUCCAAAUGCGGCAGCUAAAAAAUUGUUUGAUAUGUUAAGAGCCGCCAACCAAGAGCUAUGGCCAGGAUGUGAAAAUCACUCACAACUAUCAGCAGUUGCAAGAAUGUUAAAUAUGAAGGCAGAACAUCAUUUAUCUGAAAGAUGUUUCAAUGACUUUUGUCAAUUUUUGAAAGAAAUAUUACCGUCCGAUAAUGCAAUACCAAGUAACUUUUACAACACAAAGAAAUUAGUUCAAGGCUUGGGUCUACCAGUUGAGAAGAUUCAUUGUUGUCUUAAUGGAUGCAUGAUAUACUGGGGAGGAGAUACUGAACUAAUGACUUGCAAAAUUUGUGGACAUCCUAGAUAUAAGCGUCGACAAGGUAGCUCAUUUAAAAAGAAGAAAGAUAUUCCAUACAAGAAAAUGUAUUACUUUCCUUUAACAACAAGGCUACAAAGAUUAUAUGCAUCAAAUGCAACAGCAAAAGAAAUGAGAUGGCAUGCGGAGCAUGACCUUGAAGAAGGGGUGAUGCGCCAUUGUUCGACAGAAUCAUGA